AAGGCGGAAGGUCCGGCCCCGCCUCGGGGACCUCUAGCCAAUCGCAGGCCUUCGCCGGGCUUACUGAUUGGCUGGGAGCCGUCGCCCUGGAAACCGUGAGAUGCUGUCUGGCUGCCCGGGGGCGGUGCAGUUGUCGGGGAGGAGGAGCCAGUGCUUGCGCCCGGCGGGAAGCGGGCUACUGCAGGGGACUGUACUUGGGACCCAGAGCGCAGCCUACCGUGCGUUUUGGCGUCGCGGUGAUUUCGGCACCUAGGGCACCCAUCCCUUGCCCCAGUACUUCGCGUAUUGAAUGAAGCCUGAAAAAGGGAGUCAAAAUCCCAAAGCUCUCUGUAAAUGCCCCGUCGUGCGCUUAGAGCGCAGAGGCUGAAUUGGAGGGUUGUUCUCAGGCCACUUCACAAGUCCUUCCUUCUGAGCCUGUGCACGUGUGUGUCAGGCGAGAAACUUCGGCAUCUCCCCCGAUGCAGGCUCGGUGUGUGCUCCAUCGGAACCCGGGCUCGUGCGCUCCGUCCGCAGCCCGAAUCAGUGCACAGGAUAGUAAAAAACUUUAAUCGAUUGGACUACUUACACCACUGGAAUUUGGGGAGGAACUUCAGAUUUUUUCGUUUUUAAAGACACACUAAAUGUAUGAGGAAUUGACAAAAUGGAGAACCAAAAGGAAAACCUCUUUUCUGAGCCACAUAAAAGGGGACUGACGAAAAGCCCCCUGCAGGAGUCCUCAAAGGCCAACUCGGUGUUGGCUGAGAUCCAGCCCGACUUGGGCCCUUUAACCACACCAACGAAGCCCAAGGAAGUCUCCCAAGGAGAGCCAUGGACACCCACGGCCAACUUGAAAAUGCUCAUCAGUGCCGUGAGCCCAGAGAUCCGAAGUCGAGAUCAGAAAAGGGGCCUGUCUGACAACCGAAGCGCAUUACCUGAAGCUAGAGACUGCUCGCACGAACACUUAUCUGGAGACGAAUUUGAGAAAUCCCAGCCGAGUCGGAAGGAGAAGAGCUUGGGAUUGCUAUGCCACAAAUUCUUAGCGAGGUACCCCAAGUACCCCAACCCUGCUGUGAAUAACGACAUCUGCCUGGACGAGGUGGCGGAGGAGCUCAAUGUUGAACGUCGGCGGAUUUAUGACAUCGUGAAUGUACUAGAGAGCCUGCACAUGGUGAGCCGCCUUGCCAAAAACAGGUACACUUGGCACGGCCGACACAACCUCACCAAAACCCUCGGGACACUGAAGAGUGUCGGGGAAGAGAACAAGUACGCUGAGCAGAUCAUGAUGAUCAAAAGGAAAGACUAUGAGCAAGAGUUUGAUUUUAUUAAGAGUUGUGGCAUAGAGGACCACAUGAUCAAGUCAAGCGCUGGCCAGAAUGGGCAUUCAGACGUGUGUUUCGUAGAACUCCCUGGAGUGGAAUUCCGUGCAGCUUCUGUAAACAGCCGCAAAGACAAGUCCUUACGCGUGAUGAGCCAGAAGUUUGUGAUGCUGUUCUUGGUGUCGACGCCUCAGAUAGUGAGCCUGGAGAUUGCUGCCAAGAUUUUAAUUGGGGAGGACCAUGUGGAAGAUUUGGAUAAAAGCAAGUAUAAAACAAAAAUUAGGAGGCUGUAUGAUAUUGCUAAUGUCCUGAGUAGCUUGGAUCUUAUCAAGAAAGUCCACGUUACAGAAGAAAGAGGUCGAAAGCCAGCUUUUAAAUGGACGGGCCCAGAGAUCAGCCCAAAUAACAGUGGCUCCAGCCCAGUCGUGCCUCUUACCGCCUCCUUAGAGGCCGAGCAGUCCGCGAAAGAGAACUGUGCCAAAAACCUCUUCUCUACACGGGGGAAACCCAGCUUUACUCGACACCCGUCCCUUAUCAAAUUGGUGAAGAGCAUAGAAAGUGAUCGGAGGAAGAUCAGUUCUGCUCCCAGCAGCCCCGUCAAGAGCAGCAAAGCUGAGAGUUCUCAAAAUUCUCCACCUGUCCCAAACAAAAUGGCUCAGCUCGCUGCUAUUUGCAAGAUGCAGUUGGAAGAGCAGUCAAGUGAACCCAGGAAAAAACUAAAAGUAAACAUAGCAAGAUCUGGGCACUACAAACCACUGGCUCCCCUGGACCCUGCAGUGAACACUGAGCUGGAGCUACUUACACCGUCCCUUAUCCAGCCCCUGGGGGUGGUCCCCCUGAUCCCUAGCCCACUGUCAUCUGCAGUGCCUGUGAUCCUACCUCAGGCCCCUUCGGGCCCAUCCUAUGCCAUCUACUUGCAACCUGCCCAAGCCCAAAUGUUGACACCACCCCAUGGCCCAAGCCCAACAGUCUGCCCCACCCAGUCCUCUAAUGCUACUGGAUCCAAAGACCUUACAGACGCCCCCACUGAGAAGACAGCCACAGAUGCCGCAAAGUCCAGUGCCUCCUGCAGACCUGGAAGCUUGCAGCCAGCACCAGAAAGGCAAGGUGCUAAGAAUCGAAGCAAGGAGACGAGUGGAGAUUGGGGCACAAAGAGGACAAUCACCGCGGAGGACAGUGGCCCCAGUUCCGUAAAGAAACCUAAAGAGGACCUGAAAGUGCUUGAGAAUGUCGCCACCCCCACAACCCUGUUCCCAUCAGGAUAUCUAAUUCCUCUUACCCAGUGCUCAUCCCUGGGGCCAGACUCUGUGUUGUCUAACACAGAAAACUCAGGUACACCCUCCCCAAACCACAGGAUCUACGGCUCCCCAAUUGCAGGUGUGAUCCCAGUGGCAUCAUCUGAACUCACUGCUGUGAAUUUUCCCCCAUUCCAUGUGACACCUCUGAAAUUUAUGGUCUCCCCAACGUCUAUGGCAGCCGUACCUGUUGGGAAUAGCCCGGCUCUCAACUCCAGCCACCCUGCUCCUGCCCAGAACCCAAGCUCAGCCAUUGUAAACUUUACCCUGCAGCACUUGGGACUCAUCUCCCCUGGCAUGCAGAUGUCUGCCAGCCCAGGGCCUGGAGCUGGUACAGUCCCCGUGUCCCCACGUGUAGAAGCAGCUAGCGUCAUACCAGAUAACUUGAGCUCUCGGCAAGGGAGGGCUACCAACCAUGACUCGCCAGUCCUGGGCCAGAGCCAACUAAAUGGACAACCAGUUGCCGGGACAGGGGCACAGCAGCCUGUUCCUGUGACACCCAAAGGCUCCCAGUUGGUGGCUGAAAGUUUCUUCCGUACUCCAGGUGGACCAACCAAGCCUGCCAGCUCAUCCUACAUGGAUUUCGAUGGUGCUAACAAAACCUCCUUUGGAACCCUCUUUGUCCCACAGCGCAAACUGGAAGUCUCAACUGAGGAUGUCCACUGAUUGACAAGAUAGUGGUUUAAUUUAAUUUUCUAAAGAGCUAUUUAAUGAGACGAUAUGCACAAACAGAUGGAGAGAACACCACCUCUAGAAAGACUGUAAAUAUUUGGGGUUUUACUCAAUAUCACAGCAGAUAUUUGUCAUGCUUACACACUCGAGUGCUCGCGCAUGCGUGUACACACACACCACACACACACACACACAUGCACACAUACAUGCGCACACAUUUGUACAAGACCAAAUUCAGCCUUCAGUACUAUAAAAUAAAAUGUUGAACUAAGGUACAUUAACUUCUUGGAGGGGGGGAUUCAUUUUUUCACCUGUGCCUCUAUUAUUAUGCAAAGUAACUUUAUUAAAGUUAACUUCCCUUUCAGCAAAUGUUUGACUUACCUAACACAGCACCUGCUCACACUUUUUGCACAAAGGAAAUGCUGUGUGAUGUAUAAUGUAUUUUUUACAUAGGGAGGCAAUAGCUAUAUUUUUUUGUAAUUUCUUUAAUCCUUUGCUGUUGCAGUCUGUCUUUUUGUAGAGUUUACAACCCUCUUCAAUCAAGUCUAUGGAAAAAAAUUAUUUAUAAAAUGUAUUUUUAAUCAUAAGUUGUUGAAAUUAAAACUCUUCUAAAAUGCA